AUGUCCUACAGCACCGCCGACUAUUCGCAAUCCUACGGCCACUAUCCCUCACAAGCGUAUCAGUACACCCCGGCCCAGUAUCAGCCUCCGCAAUACCAGCCGAGCGCGCAGGGACAGUAUGGCGUAUAUUCACAGUACACACCACAGUUCGCACCAAGUUCGCCGUCCAAAUUCAAGUCGUCGCCCCAACCGGACCCUUUGUCUCCACCAGACUUGAGUUCAAUCUCGCCGAAAGUAGCAUCCCAGGCGACUCAGAGGCUUAUAUCCACCCAACUGAAGAGCGCUGGCUUUGAUGCGGCAGAAUCCAUUGCUUUGCAAAGACUCGAGGCAGAGGUGGUUGCUUUUGUCUCUCGUAUAUAUGAACAGGCGCAUGAAUACGCAAACCUGGCCAACAGGGCGAAACCCAUUGCUAAAGACUUGUUACUCGCACAAGAGGAAUGCGGCCUGGAGAUCGCUAAGCUGAGGCAGAUAGCCAGGAAGACCAAGAAGCGGAAAUCCCAGGGAGAGGAAGGUUAUGAACCAAUCGCUCUGGAACCUGCACCCCCUCGGUCGCCAUCGCCCGAACUGUUACCAUCCGAUGAUGAGACCAACCCUGUACUGCUCGUCCCGGCCACACUCCGCACGCUUCCCUACGAGAACAUGCCUCCUCUACCACCCAAACAUACAUACCUGAGAACACCCCCCUCUCCGCCCAAGAAGGCUGCUCCAUCUUCGCUCGAGAAGAAACUGAAGAAUGCGGGGUUGGUACAAGAGUCCCUGAAGAACCUGCUCCUGGCUACGGAAGAUACCACAGGGCAGGAGGACGGAGAGCUAUUGGGUCAUAUAGUAAACUGGGAAGCUCACAUCUACCCAAGGAAGCGAUGGAGAGUCGGUGUCUAGGCGCAGGCACCCUGUAUUAUCGAUGAAAUCCAUUCGUAUCAGAAUCACCC